AUGGUGAAGUUCUCAAAGGAGCUAGAAGCUCAAUUGAUACCGGAAUGGAAGGAAGCAUUUGUGAACUAUUGGCAGCUAAAGAAACAGAUAAAGAGAAUCAAGAUGUCAAAAACUCCAAACCAAAACCACCACAAAAAUGAUGGAAAUUCCAUUUUUGAUUCUAUUUGCUUUAUUGCCAAGAAAAUCUCCCUCAAUCUCUCACAUGGUUCUGACCAUGAUAACACCAAUAUCAUUAAGGUGAGGAAGAAAACCAUAAACAACGGUGGAGAAGAGAUAUACGAAACCGAGCUUGUCCAGUUAUUUUCUGAAGAGGAUGAGGUACGUGUGUUUUUUCUGAAGCUUGAUGAGGAGUUAAAUAAAGUGAAUCAAUUUUACAUUAAGCAAGAGAGUGAAUUUCUUGAGAGAGGAGAAACCUUAAACAAACAACUUCAAAUUUUACUAGACUUAAAGAAAAUUAUCAAUGAUAAGCAAAGGAAAAAUUAUCCGACGAAAAAGACAAAUAAUGCUGAGACUUUCUCUCGUUCUCCAGCAAGAGAUUAUAAUUUUUCAGAAAGUUUUGGAGAUUCGGAUGAAACGAAUUCAGAAAUUUCCCAACAUGAUGAGGUUAUAGCAAGUUUAGAGAAAAAUGGUGUAAGUUUUGUGAAUUCAGCAACUAGGACAAAAACAAAGAAGGGAAAGCCUAAAAUGGCGAUGAGAAUCGAUACUCCGGCGACGAAUGCAACCGGAGCGAUUACGGUUAUUACAAGCAUGCUUUGGGAGGAUCUAGUGAACAAUCCAAGUGGAGAUUUUGUUCACAAGAAAAAAAUUCAAUGUGCUGAGAAAAUGAUCAGAAGUGCAUUUGUUGAGCUCUAUAGAGGCCUUGGUUUACUCAAAACAUACAGUACACUAAAUAUGGUAGCAUUUUCGAAAAUACUAAAGAAAUUUGAUAAGGUGUCAUGUCAAAAAGCUUCAUCAAAUUAUUUAAAAGAAGUGAAGAGAUCUCAUUUUGUUAGCUCUGAUAAGGUUGUUAGGUUAAUGGACGAAGUGGAAUCAAUAUUCACAAAGCAUUUUGCCAACAAUGACAGGAAAAGGGCUAUGAAGUUUUUAAGACCCAAACAAAAUAAAGAUUCACAUAUGGUUACUUUUCUUGUCGGUUUAUCUACAGGUUGCUUUGUGUCAUUGUUUUGCGUUUAUGCAAUUUUGGCUCAUUUGUGCUCGAUAUUCUCUCCUAAUAACGAGUCAGCUUACAUGAAAAAUGUCUAUCCAGUUUUCAGUGUGUUUGCACUGUUAAGCCUGCACGUGUUUAUGUAUGGAUGUAAUCUAUACAUGUGGAAGAGAACCCGAAUCAAUUACAAUUUCAUAUUUGAAUUCUCUCCGAAAACAUCACUUAAACAUAUAGAUUCAUUUUUGAUAUGCACUACUUUAAUGACGACGGUGGUUGGAGCAAUGGUUGUGCAUCUUCUUUUAAGGGCUGCAGGAUUUUCUCCCAGCCAAAUUGAUGCACUCCCUGGAGUUUUACUUCUGAUUUUCAUAGCUUUGCUCUUUUGUCCACUUGAUAUCUUUUAUCGUCCAACACGUUACUGUUUCAUUCGUGUUAUUCGCAACAUAAUGUGCUCUCCAUUUUAUAAGGUUCUGUUGGUAGAUUUUUUUAUGGCUGACCAAUUAACUAGUCAGAUUCCAUUGCUAAGACAUUUGGAAACUACAAGUUGUUACCUUUCGAGCAAAGUUUUCAAAACACACCACCCCGAAACAUGUCAUUCGGGAAGGUCCUAUAUAGAAAUUACUUAUUGCAUCUCAUUUUUGCCAUAUAUUUGGCGUGUAUUGCAAUGUGCGAGAAGGUGGUACGACGAUCACGAUGUGAAUCAUUUGGCUAACAUGGGAAAGUAUGUUUCCGCGAUAUUGGCCGCAGGGGCUAGAGUAACAUACAAUAGACAAAGUGAUCAUCUAUGGUUUGCAAUGGUCUUAAUUACUUCUGUGGUCGCAACAAUUUAUCAAUUGUAUUGGGAUUUUGUCAAGGAUUGGGGGUUCUUAAAUCCUAAAUCGAGAAAUCCGUGGCUUAGAGAUGAUUUGGUUUUAAAGAGAAAAAGCAUAUACUAUAUGUCAAUGGUCUUAAACAUUGUUUUGAGGGUGACAUGGGUGGAGGCUAUCAUGCCUUUUAAAGUCGGGCCUGUUGAGUCGCGACUGCUAGAAUUCUUGUUGGCAGCACUUGAAGUUAUCCGAAGAGGUCAUUGGAAUUUUUACAGGUUGGAAAAUGAGCAUCUAAACAAUGUUGGCCAUUAUCGAGCAGUGAAGACGGUACCGUUACCAUUUCGUGAGACAGAUUCGGAUUAUUGA